AAGCGAGCCGAGUCGGGCUGAAACCCUGACGUCAGAACACGUCACUCCAUCCGAUCCUUUAUGGAUCAGACUCGCCAUCUGUGGAAACCCGCAGAAGGCGUUAAUUGUGCUUUAAAGACAAUGGAAGUAGUGUCGUGGAUACCGUGGUCCAACAGCGAGGUGCAGACAUUUUUGUGCUUGGUGGGUCAGGAAAGGAUCCACAGGGAUCUAGACGGAGCAACUAGGAACGAGAAAACAUUCAGAGAGAUUUCCCAGCUGUUGGCCGCUCACGGCUACCAGCGAACAUCAAGGCAAUGCCGAGAUAAGCUUAAAAAAAUGAAAAGUGAUUACCGGACCAUCAAGGAGAACAGGAAGCGCAGUGGUCCGAACAGCCUGAAACAUUGGAAGUGGUUCGAGCAAAUGGACGCCAUUUAUGGGAAGCGACCAGUCAGCAUUAAAAUGGAGAGUGGACUGGACUCGACCACUGCGGUACUGGACCCCAUGAUGGAUAACAAAUGUUUUUCCUUAUGUGACGGUUUUUCUACCACUUCUCAUAAAAUGGCUGACAGCGGUGCUGCUGGUUGUGGAGUUCUGGUUAACGGAAGUGAUAGCAAACGCGCCUCAGCAGCGAUGCACGCCAAUGACCUGAACCUGACGCAGUGUGAAGUCUACCAGGUGGUGGUGACCCCAAAGGAAAUGACUAAAAUAGAGAAUCCAUGGAGGACUUUAACCUGGAACCCUGAGAAGAGGACGGAGCUGAUGGACACCAUCAAAACCUACAAACCCACAGUCAGUUCUGUGCCCCAGACUCGGGUUUUGCUCAUUGGACCAGUCGGCGCUGGAAAGUCCAGCUUCUUCAACUCCAUCAACUCUGUAUUCAGAGGCCAUGUCACCAGCCAGGCCAUCGCUGGCAGCUCUUCCACCAGCCUCACCACUCAGUUUCGGACCUACUCUGUGAAAGCAGGACGAGAAGGCAAACCUCUGCCGAUCAUCCUGUGUGACACCAUGGGCCUGGAGGAAAGCAAAGGGGCGGGGCUUGAUGUUGAUGACAUCAGCAGCAUCCUUGAAGGUCAUAUGCCGGAUCGAUACCAGUUCAACCCGUCUGAACCUCUGCAUCCUGACACCUCCGGCUAUCGCAAGUCUCCAGACCUUAAAGAGAAGAUCCACUGUUUGUCAUACAUCCUUGACGCCACCAAAGUCUUCGUCAUGCCUGAGAAGCUGGCAGAAAAGCUGAAGGCCAUCCGACAAAAGGCCAACUUGUUGGGAGUUCCUCAGCUGGUUGUACUCACCAAGGUUGAUGAAGCUUGCCCCUUAGUGAAAGAGAAUCUGACAAACAUUUAUAGGAGUGUCUACAUUAAGGAGAUAAUGCAGGAGGCCAGCACUAAACUCGGCAUGCCGCUGUCCUGCAUUGUUCCAGUGAGGAACUACGUAGAGGAACUGGAUCUGGACCUGAACUCUGACGUCCUGCUGCUCAGCGCCGUCAUCCAGAUGCUCCGGUUUGCUGAUAACUACUUUGAUGAGAUCAGCGACCAACUUGGGAACCUUCAAAACAAAGAGUGAGGGUUCUUAUAGAUAACCAUAUCUGCCCAGAUUCAAUGUUCUUCAUAUUAUCAGGAAGUGGAGGGAGCAUUAGAAAAUAAAUAUAAAAAAACCUCUGGACACCUUCUGCUUUUUUUAAAAAACACACCACCAUUUAUUCACAUAUUUUUAUUACAUUUAAAAUUUUAGAAAGCCAAAGAUGUAAUAUAUAUAAUAAAUAUAAAAUAAUUACUGCAGCUCUUAUUUCUUUUAAUUGUCCAGAGAGAAAUGUUUUAAAAUACUUAAACUGUGUCUGCUCUCAUCUCAUCAUCAGUCUUACUGUGGCCAAGACUCUUUGACAAAUAAUGUUUUGUAACAAAACAUAUUGUUGGAGCAACAAUUAAAUCUUAAAGCUAUUUUUGUAA